CAAUGCAAUUUUUUGCAUUGUUUGUUGCCAACCAAUCAGAGCUGGAUUGGAAAACCCUGGCCAAUUAGAAUCCAGUGUGAUGCUAAUUCAUAUGCGGCCAUUCGGAAGUAUUUGGUGUUAUGCUUAUGUGGCGUUUAUCUUAAUUUUAGCUCGACAAAUCCAAUGUCGAAUCUGGGGCAAGUCUUUACGAGGCAAUCAUGCAAGCUUCGCUUCGGUAACAAAGUUAGUUCUCUCCAUGCUCUCUUGCAGAAAAGGUGCCUGAGAUAAACAAGAUUUUUUUCGGCAUAUUCAAAAUAACGACGUAAAUUCCGUUCAUAAAGAGAGCAGUUGUUGCAAUGUCCGUGACAUCAACCUCCCGUCACAGUUUCAUGGUAAAUCCUUCGGACAUUUUAGUGAAAACUCUUUGGCAAUCAAUCGACGUAACACUUGGUGCAUUACUGAAAAUUAGAAGUAUCGCCAAACAUGAGGAUCGUACCUUUAGUGUAGCCUCUGUUUCUGGUUCUGGUAAAACUUCCAGUAAAUGCGAGCAGAAAAUAAAAUCACCUAUUGAAGAAUCACUAAACACAAUUGAUGAAAUACUUAAUCCUAAAACAUUUGAUAUCAUUUCUGAAACAAAAGCAUCGUGGAAGAAAAGCUUGUGUCAGUUAGAUUUCUUUCAGAAAUAUCUUGAAUCACCGAGUGACGCGACAGCUAAACCGAUGAAGAUAUUAACUGAUCCUGAAGAACGGCAGGCAUUUAUUAUCCCUGAGGGACAAUAUGAAAAAGUUUUAAAUUACGUUGUUAAUGAAUGCUCCUGUCUUGAUGAAAGCCAAACCAAAGGAAAUUAUGAAGAAAAUUCCAGUUUGCAAACUUGUAACUCCAGCCUCGAGGAAGUUUCAAGAAGAGAUUCAGAGAAGUUUUCAACCGUUGAUGAAACUCUUGACGCAUUUAAAUCAUCGUAUGGCCAUGAUAAGGACAUGGAAGCCAAAAUACAAGUGUUGAAAAACAUAUUUCAUGCCCAAGAAAGGAAAAUUAAGUUAUUUGAAGUGGAAAAGAAAGAGCUUUUGGCUGAAAUUGGAGAAUUACUUGUUGAAAAGGAUUCCAUAGAAAGCAAAGAGAAAAAGGCCAAAGUCUUUUAUCAACUAUUUCCACCCUCGUCAUCGAGCGCUUUGCAGCAAGUUAUGUCUGUCGGCAAUGAAGGAUCAGUUAAACAGAAGGUAGCUGAAGAAAAGAUGACACCCAGACAAAGCAGUUCCACCCAGCCAAUGUAUAAAAACCUGUCAUUCUUACUGCAACAAAAUGAUAGUUCCGCGGAAAUGGAAGAGAUGGUCUUGCCUGAUGGCCCUGUUGCAAACAAAAGAGGAACAAAAUCUGUAAUCGAAACAAACCAAUCACUACCAAACAACGCAAGUAAUACCCAGACAUUUAGUAGCGAUGGUUCACAACUCUCCAAACCUGAACAGAGAAUCACAGAACGAGGUCUUCCUUCCCAAAACCCAGACGUCCUUUGCACGCAGGUUCUUGAUCAAGAUGAAAAUUGGUUAUGCGAUCAUUACAAAAGACAAUGUCACGUGAAAUUUGAUUGUUGUGACAAAUAUUGGCCAUGUCAUCUUUGCCAUAACAACCAAAGUAAAUGUAAAAGAAAGAAACUUAUGACUCGCGGCCUGAUGAUUGUGAAGUGUGUUUAUUGUGAUAAAGUGCAGCUGUUCAGUCAGUUUUGCUGCCAUUGUAAUGCAAAAUUUGCUGAUUAUUUCUGUGGUUUGUGCCAGAAUUUAACUGGUAAAGAUGAUCAUCCUUAUCAUUGUGAAAAAUGUGGAACCUGCAGAAUUCAUGGUGAUCGAUAUUUCCAUUGCGAUGUUUGUGGUGUGUGUCUGGAAGUCCAACUUCGAGGAAAUCAUAAAUGUCGUGAAGGAUCUGCUGAUGAUGAAUGUUGCGUAUGUUUAGAGGACAUUUCAGCAGAAUAUCAAAAACUCCCAUGUUCUCAUACCGUACACAAAGAGUGCUUAGAUGAAGUCAUCAAAAGGGAAAUCAUUCGUUGUCCAAUCUGCCGGAAAAAUUUCCGUCACAACCUGGAGCGAUUAUCCCUGCCUGAUUUACGAAAUUAAUGGCGCUUGGACAUCAACCAGCCAGACUUUCAUAACUUCACGACACAGCCAAUGAUCACCUGAAUAACUUCGCUAUUGUCUGUGGAAGACUUGAAUUUCUUCAAAUUUGGUCCUUCGCGCGCAUUCAAAGUUCGCCAGUUUUUUGACUGUAAAUAAUUAUACAUAUACAUUUAAGUUUAUCUAUACUGCAUGUUAUCCUAAUAUUUUUUGCAGGGCAUUUUUGACUGAAUGAAACUGGGGUAUUUCCCCUAGUAAAUAUACUCAAUAGAGCCUUAUUCGAGGUAUCGCUCACUGAGUCCUGAAAUGUAGACGUUCUUCAUAGGACUUAAUAAACGCGACGUUUUGCCGUUGUAAACAGAACGUAGACCACGUCUAAAACUCUUACAUAGGUAUUUAAUAAUUCAUUUCUUUUCAAUGAAGCAUUGUAUUGAUAGUUGCCGUCGUCGUGUUCCCGUCCUACAUGAUUAAGGUCCCUGAUUAAUGGAAGGAACACGAACAUUUCGCAUGCAUCAGUUGUUAAUAGUAUACAGCGUCAUCAUCAUCAUCUAGGCGCCAAUGAGGUGCACAGGGCCUGAGUAUACAGAGUGUCACAAAGAAAACGAAAGCUAUUCAAAAUCACCCAUAACAAUGUAAUUGUUAGAGUUUGAAUGCCUCAGUACUCUGUUGGGAUAAUAUCACAAUAAACACUUGUUGUUCCGGUCAACUGUACCAUCUUCCUUUAACAAUUUCAAAUUUUUCGUGUUUAGCAUUUUAUAAGUUGCAUUAUCUCACAGGCUAAAAUUCCUGAACACUGCAUUCAAAUUUUAAUUUAACAAUGAGUGAUUUCAAUAGUUUUCGGGUUUUUGGGAACACCCUGUAUGUUACCAUGUGACGUCAUAUCUUCUUGUGUCUAUUUAUAUAAUAUGAUAGCAAGUAAA